CCAAGAUUUCGCAUAGGGUAUUAUUCAAGAAGAAGCUCUCGCAUAUUUCACAAGCUCCACUCUCUUUCUGUGUUGGACGAAGCAAGCAUUUUCCCACAUGGUUUAGAAGAAGCUUUUCUUUUAUGCUGCUUUUCUUUGCUUUAUUUUGGUUAUAGUUCUUGGUAGAAUAUUUGGUGGGUUAAGCUUUUUGUGGGUUUUGAGAGAGAAAGAGAGAGAGAGAUAUGGAGAGGGAUUUUCUGGGUUUGAGCUCCAACAAUGUUUCAAAAAUGGUGAAAGAGGAGGCCAACGGCAACGAUGAUUCUAUUAAGUCAGUGCUGAGAGGUUCAGGGAUGCAGUGGUCAUUCUCAAACAAGAUUUCUGCCGUUCCUCAGUUCCUGUCUUUCAGGGAUCCUCAAGAAGAUAGGCCCAGAAAGAUUGUCCAUGAUCCAGUUGCAUCAUCUGGAUUUAUGACUGUUUCAACUGCUGAUGUUUUUGAAUCUAGCCAGAAACCAUAUUCUGGGGUAAUCCAGAAGAACUUGAUUGUUGAUAAGCAAAUGGGGAACCACUAUGCAAUGAAAGUCUAUCCUGUACAACACCAUGAUGCACAUUCGGUUCAUCGCCCCCAAGAAAUGAGAAUAUUCCCAGUCUCCAAUCAACAAAAUCAAACAAGUACGGUUGCUUUGGGAACUACUGUUCUCCAAUCUCAUCUUGCUCCCACAGGCCAGAACAUGGUUGGUUCUACCAUAAAACCACAACCUUUUAGAGUUGCAGCCCCUGUUUCUUUUCUUCCAUCUACAGGCUCCAUUGUUGGCAGCACUGAUCUCAGGAGUCCUUCCAAAUCCUCUGGGGCACCUGCUCAGCUGACCAUCUUUUAUGCUGGUUCAGUGAAUGUUUAUAAUGAUAUUACUCCUGAAAAGGCUCAGGCUAUUAUGUCAUUGGCUGCAAAAGGGUCUUCUCCAACACAUCAUAAUACACUUUCAACAGCUCAAGUGCCUUCCCCAUGUAAUGGUUUGAUUAAAAACCAGUCCCAAAUCAUAACUCUGUUGCCAGGGCUCUCGAACCCUCUCACAUCGCAAGCUUGUUCUCAGUCUGGAGUAGGAACAAGUAGUUCCAAUGAAUUAGUGACAGUCAAGCCAACUGGAGCUUCACCAUUUUCUAUUAACCAUUCAGAGCCUCCUAAAGCAGUCAAUCUGGCAGAAUCCGCUGCAACAACCUUAAUUCCAACAGUGGCUUUGCCUCAAGCACGCAAAGCAUCCUUAGCUCGAUUUUUGGAGAAGCGCAAGGAAAGGGUGAUGCUUACCUCGCCAUACAAUGUCAGCCAGAAAUCACUAGACUCCAGCACUCCUAGAUCUGAUGGUUCCUGUCCUCUCACAGCAACCAAUUAGCCAGAAAUAGAGACACAAAGAAGAGUUGCUCAUUACUUUUAGAGAUUUCAGGAGAGGUCUUCAUUGACAUUGAAUUUUGUUUUUUCUUUUAUUUUUAUUUUCAGCUCAAUUCUUUCACCCAAGUUUUAGAUGAAUUUAUUAGUUGUAUUAUUCUAGUUUUUUUUUUUUUUUUUUUUUGAAAUUAUGAAUGAACUCAUUAUCACAUUUAUUAUGCUGUAAAAUUAUUAUUUCUUAAAUUGGUAUGAUUUAAUCUGCAUCCUCCACAUCUGUUGACUUUCAAGUGGAACAGAUUUUGGGCAAGUGGUCCCUAAGGG